UACUUUAGCGAGUUCUCCUACAUAGUUCGUCGUCUGAUUUGAACGUUAUAUCCUUCCUACUAUCCUGCCGGUCCCAAAAUUCUCACACCGCAAACCAAACCCGAAUUUCCAACUCCCAAGUCAUGUCUUCCACCAACUUCGAGUCUGACUGUAUCUUCGUCGACAACGCAGAUUCAGAUGUCAGCUUUGCUACUACUACUACUGAUGAGAUGCCAGUCAUCAACUCUACCUCUACCACUGAGAUGUCAGAUGCUGGCUCUGCUCUUAUUACCGAAACUCAAGCUGCUGAGGCGAUAUAUCAGCUUAGAGAAGUCGCCAGAAAAGCAAGUGCUGAGCUUGUACGUGCGGAGGGCAUAUGCAUUGCACUGCAAUCUCGGGCUCAAACUGUGCCCACAGAUUUACAGCAUCGGUUCGAAAAACAGCAAGGGGCAGCCGAGAAGGCACAUUCGAAGUCGAAGUCCAGUGGUGACACUCCCAGCACCGAAGAGCUCAUGCGAAGACUUCGCCAACAGCAAGAACUCAUAGCAAGCAUGCAAAGAAAACCCCGUGCAGGAGAAGAGAAAUCCCGCGCAUACUGCCAUCGUCAGUCCGACGCCAAAAAGGUGUCACCACCUCGUAAAUCUGCAGCCACGCUUGAGACGUCCAUCACGGAUCUCUCUGUGCUCGAUGCCUCGAUCCAAGUCGCCAAGAAGUCACCAAUCUUAUCCUCCCUCGCCGCUGUCAAGACUUCCAUCAAAGCUCACGUCUCUUCAAUCCUCGACCGCGAUCUCUACUCGCGACUAUCCACGCACGGUAAAAGGAUCUACAUCACUACAUUUACAUCCUGCCUCAUCUUGGACAUUCUCUUUCUCGUAUCGAUAUACGUUCCCAGUAUACGUACACGAUCCUAUCGUGUUAUCCACAUGAUCUGGGCCUGUAUAUCUCUCGGGAUGUUUGCGAUGAUCUGGGCCGUCGAGAAACUUGGUGAGAAGACAGUUGACCGUUAUGGUGCUGCACUCUUCCGCGCCAGUCUUCGUGUGAUUGUGUUGUUCCCCCAGACCAUGGCGGGUAUGCACGUGCUGUCGUGGCUGAAUCCCUUCUCUGCUCAUGCUUUUCCCUACAAUUUUGGAGAUCAGGUCGUCAAGGUCUGGAUGCAGAAUGCGUUUGUUGCUGCAUACUUUUGUAUGUUGAUGGUGUCGGCUGUGAAGACAGAGCUCGCCAAACUGGAUGCCGCUGAAGAAAAGGCUGAGGCCAAGAUUGAGUAGGAAGAGGUGCUUCUCAAGAUCCAGAAAGCUGAGCGUCAUGGGGAGAUCGGUGCUUACAAACUCAAGCCUGGAGGCUUUUAGUCGAACAUAACUUAUUUGCGGGCUAUGAUUAACGAGACCGUUACAAUUCGGCUGUCAGUCAUCAUAUCUCCGUCUCACAAUUGUUUCGUGUGGGUAAGCGUAGUACUACAGUAGAUACAGAAGUCCAUGUCUCAUCAAUCAGAAACAAUCACUGAAAAACUGCUCCAACGCGCGUCAUAAGUCAACCUGAACGAAUGGUGAAGUACUUCGAACAUCUGGACAGCCUACCAUGAGAUCUU